GGAUGUGCUUCUUUCUUUGUGUCGGCCCUGAGUCGAAGCAGUUCAGCUCUUAUUGGCGUUGCCGAAAAAAAAUAUUUUCUAAUUCACGGACACAAAAAAAUGGGGAAGAAAACUCGCAUCACAGGAGGAGCCGUUGGCAGGAGAACGAUCUUACAACUGUCUCCACCAGGACAUCGCCUCGGAAAUACUGGAGAGAGGGAAGAGGCGCCGUCUGGCUCUGAUGAUGACCAAGACGGUGAUGGAAACAGAUUUGUUAAACACAUACCUGUGAAGGCACCGACCGUAAAAGCCACAGAGGGUUUGUCGUUGCUUGGAGCCUAUGAAGACAGUGACGAAGAAGAUGCAAACCGUUCAGCAGCAACUUCUCAGCACAACCAGUCAACGGACAUCGACAGUACCCUGGCCAAUUUUAUGGCCGAAAUUGAUGCCAUCACAACUCAGCCAAGUACAGAUGAUGCAGCAGCUCCUGCCUCGGCUUCAAAUGCAGCUCCACCUCGACCUAAGGUCAAAGCUCAGCAGCCAUCUGCAGAGGAUGGCCAUGAUCAACAGAGCUCAGAUUUUGAGUACAAUACGCAGUGCUCCCUAGCCGGAGUGGGGGUGGAGAUGGGAGACUGGCAGGAAGUUUGGGAUGAGAACUCCGGCUGCUAUUACUACUGGAACACUCUGACUAACGAAGUGUCCUGGGUGCUGCCGCACUAUUUGGCUGAUCAGGUGCAAAGUCUGGAACAUUAUACAAACAGCACCAGUGUAAACGGGAAUGGCACAGUCCAUCCUAAUUAUUACACAGAAGAAAAAGCUGCUACUGCUGUAGCUUCAACAACUUCCAAAGAAGCCAAAGUGAAGGAGAUUGUAGAGAGUGUUGUAGCCCUGACGAGUGUAGAGGAGGAGCGUCAGGGAGUGGCUGCCUCUCUCCUUGGUCCAUUGAUUCCUUCUGAAGUGAAAGAAGCAGAGGAAAAAUGGAGGAAGAAGCUGCUGAAGGGUUUGGAUGAGACUGAGAACAGUUUGGAUUCUGAUGGAGAAGGUGCUAGGCCUGCAGGAUCUCCCUCUAUACCCCUUCUGGACCCAGAUCCAGGUCCUCCAGUGCAGAAAGAUGCUUCCAAUAAGAGGCUAUCAGGGGACCAGUCGGAUGAGGAGGAGGCAGAAGAGGACACAAUGGAACUGGAGCUGGCACUAGAAAGGAAGAAGGCAGAGCUCCGGGCACUGGAAGAGGGUGAUGGUAGCGCAGGGGGCUCAAGUCCGAUGUCUGAAGCUAGCCAAGAUGGCGCCGGAUCCCGCGCGCCUCUGCUGAAGAAGAACCGCUGGAAAGCUGUCUUUCCAAGUGUUGCCAGCCCCGAUUCCAACAGUAGAAGUUCGGACUUUGUGGAAAACACAGAAACAACACUUCCUAAAUCUUCAGAAAGUGUUGCAGAUGGAGAAGUAAAGGAAACAGACAUUUCAGAGGAGGCCAAUGUUUCAAAACUUUGCAACAAAGAGGAGGUGGAGACUCCUGAGCUAAAGUUUCAGAUCGGGGAACUGGCCAACACCUUAACUAGCAAGAUGGAGUUCCUGGGGAUAAACAAAAAGACGAUUUCAAACUUUCAUCUGCUUCUGCUCCAAACUGAGACACGAAUUGCUGAUUGGAGGGAAGGUGCUCUCAACGGGGCCUAUCUACGACGCAAGCUGCAGGAAGCUGCUGAACACAUAAAAUAUUAUGAACUUAACGCGACCCCUAAAGGCUGGUCCUGCCACUGGGACAGAGAGCACAGGAGGUAUUUCUAUGUGAGAGAUCGGACUGGUGCCUCCCAGUGGGAGUUCCCAACAGAGGAGGAUAAGGAGGGUGACCCAGUAGACGCUCCAAGUACACAGACUCUCAGCCAAGAGGAGAUCAAAACAUCUGGAUCAGCUGGUGGGGCUACAGACUCUUCUUCUGCUGCUCCGCCCCCACCUCCUCAGCCCAGUUCAUCUUCCUUCUGGUCGCCAUCCCAGCCACCGCUUCCCAACAGCCCACCUCCACCCUCCAACGACCCCCCGCCCCCUCCUCUACCUCCAGAGUCACCACCACCCCCUCCCCCACCACCCGACAGCGAUGGUGAGAUCAUGGAGGUGGAGAUGGAUGUGGAUGAUGAGGACGAGGAGCCCCCAGCUCCUGGAACGGAGGAGGAUGGCAGCGGGAGGUCUGGCUCUGCCAACAUGAAGAUUGUAGAGUCAACUGCUGCUUUUGGAAAAGGUCAGAAACGGAAAGCUGUUCAGGGGAAUAAAAACGUUACUAUUGGAAGCAGUCCCAUUCUUUACACCCAGGCGCCUGUCACUGCAGCGCCUCUAAUUCCAGCAGCCGCCUACUGGGGCAUCCCUGCUGUGGCUGCCUCUCUGAUCCCCUGUGAACCUCCAGCCCCUCCUGUUCCAGUGCUACCUCCUCAGCCACCGCUGCCUCCAUCACAGCCAGCUUUUGAACCAGCUGCAACCAAAACUUUACCUGUUGAGAAAGUCAAGAAAGUGAAAAAGGAUAAGUCCAAGAAGAGUAAGACAAAGAUGCCGUCACUGGUUAAGAAGUGGCAGAGCAUCCAGAAGGAGCUGGAUGAGGAAGAGAAGAGUAGCUCCAGCGAUGAAGACCGAGAUCUGCUCAACAAGAAAAGCAUUGAGGAGUGGAAACAACAGCAGCUCAUGACGGGAAAAGCCUCAAAAAAUGCCAACUUUGAAGCACUACCAGAGGACUGGAGGGACCGCUUGAAAAAACGGAAGCUGACGAACAGCACGUAGCGCCUUCCGGCUCCCUUCACGUUGUAAAUCCGCUCCUACCUACACCAUCGUCCCUCUGAAGAGAUGGAGAUUUGCUUACCGACCAGUGGACUUUCUUAGCUGUUCUAUCUUCAUAUCAGACACAUGUUAAAGUCCUUAUAUGGCAGGCCAUUCUCAUGAGGGACUAUUUAUUGUCCUGUUUUUCUUUUGUAUGAGAUCUGUAAAUGUGCCAAUUGUGCUCACAUAAUAAGUUCAUUUUAUACAUACCCAGUUUGGAUGUCAACCACAGUUUUAGGCAGAGUUGUCUACUUUUAGGAGUGUUUUUACAUCUAUGUAUAUAAAGGGGGAAGGAAUGGGCCAGUGAUGGAACGGGGAGGGAUUGUCACUGGGCUUGUACAUUUUGUAAAAAGUUAUUAAAAGUUUUCAAAGCUAA